CCUCAUGACAUCCAGUUAUGCUUGUACGAGGUGUGUACUAUACAGCAAGUAUGUAGCUUCAUCGACGAGACACCAAAUCCAUCCACACGGAACUUCCGCACGUACACGUAUCUGCUACGCCCGCCACCGUCGGGCUCCUACCUCUCCGUAAGCGAAUCUCGAUCCGUGUUAUUUGCAUGACACCCCAGGCGGCAUAAUCGGAGACCUGUCCGCGCAGGCUUUCCCACGCCACGCCACGCCUCCCGCCGCUGUAAGGACGUCGAGAAAAGGAAAGAAGAAAGAAAGAAAGAAAAAAACAUCGCCGGGGAUGCGAACGAUCUAGAAUCGCAAGUUGAUCAUGCCCUAUGGAUUGGCGCCGCUCUGACGUCCUCACCUUCGAGAUCAACCAACAGCACCGAGAACACAGGACACGACGAUGGAGAACCUGUCCCUCCACGACCCCCCGCUGGGCGCGCAGCCUCCCCUCGGCGGCCCGCUGCCCCCGGGCAUCUUGCGCGCCCCUCCGCCGCCGCAACCCCAACAAUUGCCCCCCCAGAUGUUCACCACCGCCGCCCAACUACUAGACCUCACCGACAAAAAGCUUCUGGUGUGCCUGCGAGACGGCCGGAAGUUGACCGGCGUGCUGCGCAGCUGGGACCAGUUCGCCAACCUAGUGCUCCAAUCGACCGUCGAGCGCGUGUUCGCCACGACGUCGGACCCGUCCGAGUCGCCGCCGACGGGCCUCUACGCCGACAGGACGCACGGCACGUUCCUGGUCCGGGGCGAGAACGUGCUCCUGCUCGGCGAGAUCGACCUCGACAAGGACGACGAGCCCCCGCCGGGCUUCGAGAAGGCCGCCUUCGACGCCGUCGAGAGGCUGGCCAAGGAGCGCCGCGCCGCCGAGCGCGUCAAGGAGAAGGCGAAGCUGCGGAAGCUCGCCACGCUCGGGUUCGAGGGCGAAAACCUCGGCGAGAUCCUGCUGUAGACGUGCCGGACGCCGCCCCGAACGCCGCCCCGGCAGAACGGAUAUGCGUUCACAGCGUACUUUCGAGGGACAGAAUAUUGUGAAAUGUCCCUCCCCCUCCCCUCCCCUCCCCUGCCCGCACUCCUUAGGACUCGCGGGGUCUUGCGGGGGAAGAUAUAAAUUAGAACUAGGACGGAUUGCUAUCCUUCACGAAGCAGCCGCGAACACCGCGAUCGCCAACAGGGUUUUUCAUAUAGUAGUCAUUCGGAACCGGAGGUUCAUCUUAACACAGCGCGGAUGAGUUCCUGAGCGCCUUUAUCCUCACGCUCCUGCAAUGUAAGGUCAGCCUGUACCUACUUUGUUUUAACUUGGUCACUCGCUCGAAAAGUGGUGUUCGCAGCUAGCCGUACAAUACCUUGCUAGCGGCCGGUAGCUUUAUUGUAUGAAUCGCUGCGGUGAUGAUGUGCCAUACUCGAGAUCUCAAGUUCGCGGACGCGUGGCGGCGGUUCCGGCUCGUUAGUGUUAGUAUUGAUGUUAGUAGGGAUCUUUAGUCGAACCAGGCAAGGAGCUAAGGAAUACGAAAGCAAGUUGGGACGUGAAUAAGUUGGUAGACUUGAGCCACAUGCACACCCAUAUCACGAUGACACUGGAAC